ACUUGCGUUAUUGCGUCAGAGCGCAGCCCAAAACAAGUAAAUUCGAUGAGGAAGUGAAAUGAUUCUCGUCCCAAAUGGUCGUGUCUCCCACACGGUAGAGCCAGACGAGCACAAAUAAAUGAGCGAUAGCUAUACAAUGUCAAAUCGACAAGAUGAAAUAUCUGGUGUCUGAAUGUGUGGCUACGGCAGAUAAUUAAGAAAUUGCCUCUGAAGGCGAACGGGAUGGAUAUCAGCAGUGCCGUCGGAGGCUCCUACACGGACAAUCUCAUCGGGACUUUACUUGCUAUUUUUGGAAAUGUGCUCGUCAGCAUCUCCCUAAGUAUUCAGAAAUACAGCCAUGUGACGUUAGCAGGAACAAAGGACCUGCGUGCCUUCUACCGCACUAAAACCUGGUGGUGUGGUUUUGUACUGACCUGUCUUGGGGAGGGAGCAAACUUUGUCUCUUAUGCCUUUGCCCCCCUCGCUCUCGUAGCACCCCUUAAUGCCGUGUCUAUCUUGACAAGCUCAAUUUUGGGUCUUCUUUUUCUGCGCGAGAAAUCUAAGCCAAAGGACUUUGCAAAGCGCUACGGGCUGUCCUUCCUGGGCUGUGUCCUAACCAUAGGAGGAACCUACCUCUUUGUAGCGUUUGGACCAAACUCUCAUGAAAAACUCAAAGCGGAGAACAUUGUGAAGCACAUUGUAGGAUGGCCUGUUCUCUUGUAUCUGCUCCUGGAGAUUAUCACGUUCUGCCUGCUGUUAUACUUCUAUAAACAACACAGUGCUAACUACCUCGUUAUUAUUCUGCUAAUGGUCGCUCUACUGGGCUCUGUCACGGUCAUCACAGUGAAGGCAGUGUCAGGCAUGUUAGUACUCACCGCUGAGGGCACCAUGCAGCUUGACUCCCCGAUCUUCAGUGUCAUGUUUGUGUGCAUGGUGGCUUCAGUGGUCUUCCAAGCCAGAUUUCUCUCCCAAGCUUGUAAGCUGUAUGACUCUUCUCUGAUUGCCAGUGUCAACUACAUCCUCUCCACUUUCUUUGCUGUGGUAGCUGGAGCUGUGUUUUACUUAGAGUUUAAGAAUGAAGAUGUCCUUCACAUCUGCAUGUUUUUGUUGGGGUCUGCAUUGUGUUUCCUGGGGGUCUUUCUCAUCACCAAGAACAGGAAAAAGACCAAGACCUUUGAGCCAUAUGUCACUAUGGAUAUGACUAAUGGUGUCCCAACUAUUCAUGACAAGGGCCUGGUGGUUCAGCCAGACUUCAAUGGUUCUUACUCCUACGGGGCUCUGGUCAACAACGAUGGAGUGGCUCCUGUGACUCUACCAGUCAACCUGGAACAGCAGCCAGUCAGCAGCCUACCUGACCUGAAGAAAGAUUAGAACCAAAGAUUUCUUGUGGGUUUUUUUUUUCUUUUUUUCUUCCCCCCCUUUAGUCCAUUCAACUAUAAACAACAUUCAAGGACCUUGAAAGACCAAGAUGUGUAUGUUCAGUUGUUUUCACAUACGCACAAGACCAGAGUCAAUCUCAGUAGGAUGUUGUCCACUGGAUGUUUUUUAGAUGUUCUCUUAUCACCUAGCACUCUUCUCCACAUCCAUUCCUUUUUGAAAUCUCUGAACCAAAACGUGACCUCGAGAAGCUUUCCUUUUUUUGAGAAGAUGUCAACUGUGUUAAUUCCAAAAAUGAACGGAAGAAACUUGAACCUUCUGGAGGUUUGAGUGGAUUCACAAACAUGGCUUCAGAAAUAUGACAACAGAGGGUGCUUUGACUUGAAGCUUACUGCCUUGUACUCUGUGUUAGCUUUGACAUGUACAACAAGAACUUACUUCCAAGACUGUUAGCAGUUUUGUCUCAUUUGUUAAUUAAUGGGAGCAAACAGCGAAAAAAUAAAAUAAUCAGUUCUUCCAUUGGAAUUGUGAAGUUACUCAAUUCCAUAUUCCAACAGUUUUAUAAUUUAGCUGCAGACUUUUUCAGAAUACUUGCCAAUUAACAUUUUGACUUUAAAUAUCUGCCUAUAACCAUCUUAUAUGAGCAGUUUUCGAUCCACAGUUUUCUGCCUUUUGUUCAUGGGAUGUCAUUGUAUUAUUACUUUCUCUAAUGUGACCAAACAAUGGCAGCAAUUGUUUUAAUUUAUUGUAAUGUAUUUAUUAAUUUAAAAGUUUUCUUUUAAUGUGCCUUGAAAAGUAUCUGUGAGCUGGAUAACUUACUGUAAGGUGGUACAUAACCCACGUAGAUGUGUGAUUCAUCGCUGUGGCAGUUGAGUUAUUCAAAGGCAACUGUAAUCUGUCAGUGCCUGUCUGAAUAAAAAAUAAAAAUCCAAAUCUUUUGAAAAGAAAAUUGAUGGUGCUUUGGAUGACUCAAAAAGAAAGGAAGAGAAAAAACAUGCCUCAUGAAAUUACUGAUAUAGUACAAUUAGUUAAAUGUGUAAGUAUGGGGAAAAAAAGUAGUCUACUUACAGAGGUGUAAAUUUUAAAUUGUGUUUUUGGAAGUUAAAAAUAUUCCUGAUGACAAACAAAUUUAGAAAUAAAAAUCAAAGUACGUCGUUAA